AUGUCACAAGUUCGAGCGUCGCUGGAGGUGACCAUCGAAGGCGGCGACACCCACAUACUUUCCAAACGCAUCGCCACACCGCGCAAGCUCACCGCCCCACGAGCGGCUGGUGACAGUGUAAACUACCGCGAUGAGAUCCUGCGAGAGAUUGUGAGCACAGAGCGAGCUUACGUCGACGGGCUAGGGAUCCUCAUCAACCAUUUUUUGAUCCCGCUGCGGGAUGAAGGCUGCGUGACGAAAGAGGACAUCAUUCAUCUGUUUGCCAACGUGGAGGUGCUGGUUAAGGUGAACCAGGAGCUUCUCGAUGGUCUCGAGAGGCGAACCGAGGAGUGGGACCCCAACUCCUGCAUCGGCGACUUCUUCCUUCGCCUCGCCUCCUUUUUCAAGUUAUACACCGUCUAUUGCAAAAACUACGAGCUAGCGGUGCAGACGAUGGUCAGGUGUAAAGAGAACCCUCACUUUGCCGAAUUUUUGCAAGAGCGCGAGUUCACUCCCGAAGCGAAGGGUCUGGACCUCGGCGCAUUUCUCAUCAUGCCCAUCCAGCGAAUACCGCGAUACGUUCUGCUUUUGAAAGAUUUCCUCAAGUACACGCCCAAACGACAUCCAGAUUAUGCCGAUAUCAACAAAGCGCUGGCCGAGUUUCAAGAGGUGGCAGUACACGUGAAUGAUUCCAUGCGCCGGGCCGACGAGAUCAAAACGAUUGUGGAAAUUCAGUACAAGUUUGGUUCGCAGCACACCAUUGUGACGCCCACCAGGCGUUUCGUGAAGCAAGGCAAGCUGGUCAAAAUCACCUCGCGCUUCGUCAAGGAAACGCUGUUCUACCUGUUUAACGACGUCCUGAUCUACGGCUACGAGGUGAUGGGCUCGUACAUCUUCAAGGGCGAGAUCCCCAUGGGCACAACCUGGGUUCGAGACCUACCCAACACAGAGCUUGUCCGGAAUUCGUGGCAGAUCGUGGCAACGAAGAAGACCUACACGGUGUUUGCUGCUGACCCAGACGAAAAAGAGGGUUGGAUGACAGCCAUGAAUCAGGUCAUAGACGCACUCGUGGCCAAGAAUCCAAGCCUGCUCGAGCAAAGAGCGGUCAUCAGCAUGAAGACACGGGGCGUUAUGUCUUGGAUCUCCGAGUCGGUUGGCCUCACCUAUGCGCCAAAGGAGUUCGACCCCACGUACGGCACUCCCCAUCCGUCUGCCCGUACCACUCCCUACAAUUCUGGGUUACCGACGCCCGCCACACAGCAUGGCCAGCCGGCCGAGAGUGACGAGAGUGACCCACUCCUCCUGAUGCCGAGCGCCGGUGUCGGCCGAGGCCACCCGCUCUUCCACUCCUCAGCAUCACCGCCCGGCGAAUGCUGCACCGCCUGCGUCCUGAUGUAG